CUCUCACUACUCCGACACAAGUACUGGUGGCCAAACAUGAACCAGGACGUGGUCCGUUACGUCAAGGGCUGUGCCGUCUGUGCCGUUGUCUCUACCCCCCGUCACUUACCCGAAGGAAAACUCGUUCCCUUACCUAUCCCACGCCGACCUUGGUCUCAUAUCGGGAUUGACUUUGCCACUGACCUACCACCAUCCAACGGAUCCACCACCAUACUCGUUGUCGUGGAUCGGUUUUCAAAAGCCUGCAAGCUAAUCCCUUUACGAGGCUUACCCACUGCUCUUGAAACAGCCGAAACUCUAUUCCAACAUGUAUUCCGCAACUUUGGCUUACCCGAGGAUAUCGUCUCCGACCGAGGACCUCAAUUCAUCUCCAGAGUUUGGCGUAGUUUCUUCCGACUGCUUGGAGAGUUUGAAGAAGAAAUCAUCAGCAGCAGCGCUACAGCACCACAAUGAGUCAAAACAGCGUUCGUAUUGUUCUGGUGGGUAAAAGAGGAGUCGGCAAGAGCGCCACAGGAAACACUAUUCUCGGUGAGAAGGUGUUCAGUUCUGAAGCAAGAGCUGCAUCGAGCAAUAAACAGUGCAAAUCUGGAAAACAGAUGAUAAAUAACAGAGAGGUGCUUGUUGUGGACACUCCUGGUCUAUACGACACAAACCUGUCUAAUGAUGAAGUGAUGCAGGAGAUCACAAAAUGCAUCACUCUUGCAGCUCCAGGUCCUCACGUCUUCCUUCUCGUCCUUUCCAUCGGCCGCUUCACUGCAGAGGGGAGAUCCAUCAUUAGACUGAUCCAAGAACACUUUGGCAACGUUGUGCUCAGUCACUGUCACGGAUCCACCCACAACUUCUUCCACACCAACCACCUGCACCCGCUCACAAUCACCAGAAUACUAAUUACCACCUGUCAUCAAUUACCAGCCACUAUAUCAGUCACUCACCACAUUCCCUCGUUGGCUGGUCUCGAGGUCGCAAGCUACUUACCUUCUACUCACCUCAUGGUAUUCCAGGACCUCCUGUGCCGUACGCCUUCAUACCGACCUGUCUCUAGGAAGAGGAAAAGCCUGGGUGUUGGACUCACAGUCUAUGUUUACCGAUCUCUUAGAUCGUCGUUUAUGUUUUGUUUGAAAUCCUUUGAGUUUGAGUUAAGUUUGUGGAAAGGAAAUAAAUUAAGAAAAGUACUUCCACUAACCUUGUGUCUGCCUCUCCGUCCACACCUGACAGUCACAUGAUAAUCUUGUUCACCAGGGCAGAUGAUCUUGAAGAUAGAACAAUUAAAGACUAUAUUCACGAGACUCCAGAGCUAACUGAAGUGAUUAAAGCAUGUGAGGGCAGGUACCAAGCAUUUAACAACAGAAAGAAGUCAGACCGUACACAAGUUGAUCAGCUCAUGAUGAAGAUUGAAGUCAUGAUGGCGCACAAUCAAAACAGCUACUACAACCACUACAUGUUACAAAUGGCUGAUGAGCUCAACAAUACAAGGAGAAUCGUGAAGGACAAAGAUGAAAUUAUUGCUGGCCUACAAGAUAAAAUAAAAGUACUGGAAAACGGAGCACACUGUAGCAUAUCAUAGGCUUGAGCGUGUAAAUUAUGACCAGUGUUAGUAAUUCAUUACAGAGUAAUCUAAUUAUUUUCCUUUUAAAAAGUAAGAUAUUACUUGUAAUUGCAUGAAACAAUGUUGUAUGGAACAAUGUUGUAUAAAACAAUAGUGGAUUUAAAAUCAAAAUUUAACAUCUAAGGUUAACGUAUGUUUUUAAUGUAAC